AGCUUGUGGUUGCGAAGACCCCUCGCCAGACACAGGUUGCUUACCGGCAGGAGAAUGCAGACCCGAGAGUUUGGCCGAGAUAUCUUGCAACGUUACCUUGAGGUUGGCAAUGUUCGACGACUGUUGCUCCAUACGGACCGUAACAGAAUUCAGGAUGGUUUGUUGAAGGUCGAGACGACGCUCAAUGUCUCCAAGACGCUCCGUCGAGGAUCGCGUCUCCGGCGGUGCCAUGGGCCAGAGAGCAAAGGCUCUGAUACCUUUGAUAAGUGUAAAAGGAGAAAUAACAGAAUAUUCUUCACGAAUCGCAAUUCAGGCAGUACAAGGUAUAUAACCGAACCUCAAGACACGUCACACACUCAUCCUCUCUCUUGUAACUAACUAUUCGGUAUUUACCUUUUUCCCGAAAUAUAUGCGAACUGAGUCGAUCACAAUCACCCUGGCUCUGUGGUGGGGAUUCUGCGUGAGCUUCAUUUUGGAGAAUAUUUUCUCCAAUUUCCGAGAAUCUGAGAGACGAGAAUGUCUCUCACACGCCCCAUUGCAGCUCUGAAUCUCACUUCAGCUUCAGCUUGUUUGUCAGUGGAAUCAGAUGUGAAGAAAAAGAUGAACAGCAGUGCUUUGUGCCUUGAGGGGACUAAAGAAAAAAUCAAGAAGAUGUUCAAUAAGGUUGAACUUUCUAUUUCUUCAUAUGAUACGGCUUGGGUAGCAAUGGUCCCUUCAAUAAAUUCUCCUGAUGUCCCCUUUUUCCCUGAGUGCGUGAAUUGGUUAUUGGAGAAUCAACUAUUUGAUGGUUCGUGGGGUCUUCCUGGUCAUGAUCCUUUGUUAUUGAAAGAUGCUCUCUUAUCUACCUUCGCUUGUGUCCUUGCUCUGAAGCAAUGGGGUGUUGGUGAACAGCAAACUACCAGAGGUCUUCAAUUUAUUGAGUCAAACAUUGCUUCAAUCACUGAUGAGAAGCAACACUGUCCUAUCGGAUUUGAUAUAAUUUUCCCUUCUCUUCUUGAGUCAGCUCAAAGUUUAGGCGUAUAUCUUUCUCUUGGAUCAACUAGUUUAGAAGGACUCAUUCGCAAGAGAGAGUUGGAGCUGAGACAAGGCUAUCAAAGCAAUUCAGAAGGGCGGGGAGCAUAUCUAGCAUAUGUUGCAGAAGGUAUCGGGAAAAGUCAGGACUGGCAAAUGGUCAUGAAGCAUCAAAGGAAGAAUGGAUCUUUGUUUAACUCACCUGCCACAACAGCUGCAGUUUUUCAACACCUAAAGAAUGAUAACUGUCUUAAUUACCUUCGAUCAGUGUUAAAACAGUUUGGGGAUGCUGUUCCAACAGUUUAUCCUCUGGACGUAUAUGCUCGUCUCUGUAUGGUUGACAGUCUUGAGAGGUUAGGUAUUGAUCAUCAUUUCAGCAAGGAAAUUCAAAGUGUAUUAGAUGAAACAUACAGAUACUGGAUUGAUGGAGAAGAAGAGAUAUUCUUAGACCCCACUUGCUGUGCCCUGGCAUUUCGCUUAUUACGACUCCAUGGAUAUGAUGUUUCUUCAGAUCCAUUUAAUCAAUAUUCGGAAGAUAAAUUCUCAAAUUCCUUGAAAGGGUACUUGAAGGAUGUUGGUGCUGUCUUAGAGCUAUAUAAAGCUUCACAAAUCAUGAUACAUCCAGGGGAAGAAGUUCUGGUGAAACAAAAUGCCUGGACAAGAAAUCUCUUGAAGCAGGAAUUAUCACCAUACCAAGUACACGUUGAAAGGCUUUUUAGUCAUGUUGAACAAGAGGUCAAUGAUGAACUUAAAUUUCCUCAUCAUAAGAAGUUGGACCGGUUGUUAAACAGGACAUCAAUAGAGCACUAUAAUUUGGAGGAUACAAGGCUUUUAAAAACUUCAUACAGGUCUUUCAAUCUCGCAAACGAAGAAUUUCUGAAGUUGGCAGCAGAAGACUUCAAUAUCUGCCAAUCAAUACAUCGCAAAGAAUUUAAACAACUUGCAAGGUGGGUAGUGGAUAGCAAACUAGACAAGCUCGAAUUUGCAAGGCAGAAAUUAGGCUAUUGUUACUUCACCAGCGCAGCAACAUUGUUCUACCCUGAGCUUUCUGAUGCCCGCAUAGCAUGGGCAAAAAAUGGGGUGCUCGCAACAGUUGUCGAUGAUUUCUUUGAUGUUGGUGGUUCUGAAGAGGAGUUAGUGCAACUAAUUCAGCUGGUUGAGAGAUGGGAUGUAGAUCUCAGUGAUGUUUCUUGUUCUGAGUCAGUCAAGAUAAUAUUUUCUGCAGCUCGGGACACAAUUUUUGAGAUUGGGGAGAAUUCAUUGAAGUGGCAAGAUCGUAAUGUAAAAGACCAUGUUAAAAAAAUGUGGUUGGAUUUGAUGCGAUCUAUGUUGAAGGAAGCUCAGUGGUCGAAAACACAGUAUGUUCCGACAACUGAUGAAUAUAUGGCAAAUGCAUAUGUAUCUCUCGCCUUGGGAUCAAUUGUGCUGCCAACACUCUAUCUCGUGGGGCCUAAGCUUCCAACUGAUUUGGCUGAAAAUCCUGAAUACCAUCGACUGUAUGAGCUAAUGAGCACUUCUGGGCGUCUCCUUAAUGAUUUUAAUAGCUACAAGAGGGAAUCUGCACAAGGGAAAUUGAAUGCAUUCACUUUGCGAAUUGCUCAAAGGGGUGGGGACGUUACUGAAGAAGAUCUGAUUCAGGAGAUGAAGGAUAUCAUUGAGGAAAACAGAAGAGAGCUCCUAAGACUGGUUUUGCAGGAAGAAGGUAGCACAAUUCCAAGAGCUUGCAAGAAUCUGUUUUGGAACAUGGCAAAAGUUUUGUAUCUCUUCUACUUGAAGGACGAUGGGUACACGUCACAUGAGUUAUUAUCUGCUGUAAGUGACGUGCUCGAAAAACCGGUCGUCCUCCAUGAAUUUUCAAAGGACGCAGCUAAGGAAAACUUGAAUCCUGUGUCAACUUAGGAACGACGGUGGUGAUGUCUCAGUUCAUCUGAUUUUGGGAGGCCCCCUUGUGAAUAAAUCGAUCUCAUUUAAUUGCUUUCUUACAUAAAUAUUUCAUCAUAUGUGUGUCCUACGCUUGGCAAAUGAUCAUGUUCCCCAAGUCA